AUGGGUAAUCCAGAUGAAUGGCUUGAAACUGUACGUAAAUGUGAAUAUCUGCCUGAACAGGAUAUCAAGAAACUAUGUGAGAUGGUAAAAGAACUCUUAAUGGAGGAAUCCAAUAUUCAACCAGUUCAAUCACCUGUUACUGUAUGUGGUGAUAUUCAUGGCAAAUUGUUUGAUGCUCAACUAGCUAUAGGUCAAUUCUAUGAUCUUUUGGAGUUAUUUCAUGUAGGUGGUGAUGUCAAGGAUACCAACUAUAUCUUUAUGGGUGAUUAUGUUGAUCGUGGCUAUUUCAGUUUGGAGACAUUUACGUUGUUAAUGGUCUUGAAAGCAAAAUAUCCUGAUAAGAUUACAUUAUUAAGAGGAAAUCAUGAAAGUAGACAAAUUACGCAAGUCUAUGGUUUUUAUGAUGAAUGCCAAACAAAAUAUGGCAAUGCCAAUGUAUGGAAGUAUUGUUGUUCAGUCUUUGAUUAUUUGACAUUAGCAGCCAUUAUUGAUGGAUCUAUUUUAUGUGUUCAUGGUGGUCUAUCUCCAGACAUUAAAGCAUUAGAUCAAAUGAGAACCAUUCAUCGUUUGCAAGAAAUUCCUCAUGAAGGUUCAUUUUGUGAUUUAAUGUGGUCUGAUCCUGAAGAUAUUGAUACUUGGGCAGUGAGUCCAAGAGGAGCAGGAUGGUUAUUUGGUGGUAAAGUGACGAGUGAGUUUAAUCAUAUCAAUGGUCUAUCUCUGAUUGCAAGAGCACAUCAAUUGGUUCAAGAAGGUUACAAAUACAUGUUUCCAAAUGAUGAAUUAGUGACUGUCUGGUCUGCUCCUAAUUACUGUUAUCGUUGUGGUAAUGUUGCUUCUAUUAUGGAAGUAGCAGAGAAUGACACGAAAUUCAAGAUAUUUGAUGCUGUACCUGACCAAGAUCGCUUUACACCCUUUUCUGUAAGAAACGGCAUGAAUUCAAAAAUGGGUGGAGGACAAUAUUUUGUAUAA